GAGGUCGGUCUCCUUCGGCCCAGCUCCCUUCUGCGCUCCCAACUCCGCCUCCGCCUCCGCCUCCGUCUUCCAUUCCGUGGCGGCGCCUCCUGCUCCUGCCACCCGAACCCGUCCGGCCGACCUCACCUCCUCGGCUAGGGCUAGCCACCUAGCGCCCGUCCGGCCGGCCGGCUCCCGCCGCCCCAGCUCAGAUCCCGCCACUGGGAGCAGGCCACCCGGAUCUGCCGCCUGCCUGGCCGGUCAACCCCCAGCCCGCCAGUGGCCACUGGCCAGCAGUGGCCCAGCCGGCCACGCCGUCAGGCGCCAGGCGGGCUCCCCUGCUGCUGCACAGUGAGCCAGACAUUUUGCAGCAUAAGAAAUAUACUUGCACACAACUCACUGCUUGUUAGGAUCGAUGGCAGAUAGUGAGCAUCGAACAGUGUUUGUCACGGUGGGGACCACAUGUUUUGAUGCUCUUGUCAUGGCGGUAGAUUCUCCAGAAGUGAAGAUGGCUUUAUUGCAAAAAGGUUAUAGUAAUCUUCUUAUUCAAAUGGGCCGAGGAACAUAUGUUCCAUCAAAGGUCUCAGGAGAUGCUACCCUUCAAGUUGAUCAUUUCACAUUUUCACCAAGCAUAGCUGAUAAUAUGAGAACAGCUUCCCUAGUUAUUAGCCAUGCAGGUUCAGGAAGCAUAUUUGAGACGUUACGGCUUGGCAAACCCCUAAUCGUUGUUGUAAAUGAAGAUUUGAUGGACAACCACCAGAGUGAAUUAGCAGAAGAAUUGGCUGAAAGGAAGCAUCUCUUCUGUGCACGCCCACAAACUUUGGGAGAGACCAUCCGGGCAAUGGACCUAGAGACACUAGUUCCUUAUGAGCCAGGGGACGCCAAACCAGUUGUCACCCUGAUAAACAGAUUUCUUGGCUUUCCAGUUGACUGACAGAUGGCGAUACCGUCAUUAAGGCAUUAGUUCCUGUAUGGCUGUAUAAAAUGGAUUAACUGACAUGAUCAUCACCGAUGCUUUUGUAUUGUUGUACGGUGACAAGAAAAUAUCAAGACUGUCUUCUUUGCAAUUGGGUCUAA